AUGCGUUCAAUUUUCUGUUUUAGAAUUUUGGAUCCUCUGAGCGAGGAAUUCAAGCCGGAACAAUCUCUCUCCUCGUUGGAGUUCCCUGAUGGGUACGUGAAUUGGAUCGGCAAAGAGAACUUCGAGAUAGUAUCCACGAGUCAGGAAGAGAACAACGUGGAAUCUCUUCGACCAAGCCUCGAUCAAGCAAAGAAGAAGACCGUAACUCGUCUAGAGUGCGACCAUUGUCGACGCAAGUUCCUCAAGAAGAGCAAUCUGGCUGAACACUUGAAGAAGCACAAGCACAAGUGUCCUGAUUGCCCGAAAACUUUCAGGCUUCGUCGAUACCUGGCCUCUCACGUGGAAAAGAUCCAUCGACGCCAAGUGUACGAUUGCAGCGUUUGCGAGUACAAGAGCAACAACAAAGGUACCCUGAAGAACCACUACAUCCGUCUGCACACGAGCAACUACGAUUUCUCUUGCGACACUUGUGGCAAGCAGUUCAAGAUAAAGAAAGCGUUGAAUCAUCACGUGAAACAGAACCACAGCGAUGCACCUCCAAUAGUGUGCGACGUCUGCGGCCAUUUCAGCAAGAAUCUCCACGCUUUGAAGGCCCAUAUGAAGUACAGACACUACAAGCCUGAAUUCAUAUGUCAAAUCUGCAGAAGAGGCAUGACCACUCGCGAGAACCUGGAGCAACAUUUGACUUGGCACGAGACGAGGGAGAAGGUGUUGUGCCCCACUUGUGGAAAGAGGUUUAGAGGCCGAGAUUUGGACUCUCACAUGAGAGUGCACACCGGGGUCAAACCAUUCCCCUGCCCUGUGUGCGGGAAAUCGUUCAGAAGGCAGACUGCUCAGGAGCAGCACGUGCUCAUUCAUACCGGGAAGAGGCCAUACGUUUGCGACAUUUGUGGCCAAGCGUUCGCUCAGAAACCCGGCCUGAUUUGUCACAGGAAACGCCAUCCUGGACCGUUGCCCCCUUUGCCUGUCGUUUCGAUAAAGAACAUCGUGACCGAGUUCACUAAGGAAUACACCAUGAAGAACACGAUUAUUAAGAUUGAAUGA